UUGUUUUCAAAUCUGCAAUUAGACUUUUUGUAUCACUUCUAAGUUUUAUUAUUAUUAAAAAGUUGCGUUCUACCCGUCGAACAGUACGGACGUAGUUAUCGAAUCUGUUUCCGCGGUUAUUAUUAUUGUUAUUAUCUUUGUAUCGUAGUUUUUCAAACAAAUCUAUUUAUUUAUCGAGUUGUAGUUUCUCUCCCGGUAUUUUUGAAUGCCUAACCAGGCUCCGGUGGAGGAGGGCCGAUCUUCCCCCCAACGUCGACCACAAUCUCUUUAAAUAACCAAACAAUUCUCUUCUAACGAGAGCCUGGCGCCCUCGAAGAAAUCGAUCAAAAUUAAAUCGCCAUCCGGCCCAACAGCUAAAAAAGCUAAAACCGGUUUGAUCUCUCCACCGCUAUCGCCAACCAAUGUAGUCAUGACUGACGCUACAAUGAACAUUACUCAUAAAGAUAAAACAUCACCAUCAUAUACCGACAAUCACACGAUAUCAACACAACAUGGCAUCACUCGUUUUCCGGACAACUAUUCUGGCCCCAUUUGCGUCCUACUCUCAUCUACAGAUGAAAAAAAUUUAGAAAAACUAAAUCCCGUCAAACUAGGUAAAGUUCUUACAAAAUCGUUUAAGGGCAUUAUUAAUAUUAAGUUUAUUAGCACUAAGCGUUUGAAAAUUACUCUCGAUAUUGUCCACAACGCUAAUUUGUUUUUAAACUCUUCACACCACUCUGAGAACGGCUUAUCUGCUUCUAUACCGAGUACUUUAUUAUUCAGUUUGGGCGUGAUACGCCUUGACAUCAACGUCACUGAAACUGAUUUUUGGGACAGUUUAGAAUGCUCUACAGAGAUCUUAUCUUUCAGACGUAUCAACACCAAGCGUGACAAUCAACUUGUCCCCUCUCCAUUCGUCGAGCUGAAUUUUCUAUCCACCUCUCUACCGAAAUUUUUGUCCAUCUAUAAAGUGUUAUUCGACGUCUCGCCUAGCGUGCGUAGCCCCGUGCAGUGCGCUAUAUGCCUCCGUUUCGGACACACACAAAAAUUUUGCCGUAGUAAAGAACGCUACGGACACUGCGGCUUAGCAUACCACAACGCGUCGCUUUGCCCCGAAAAAUAUACUUUUCCACCGAUCUGUAUUCUUUACAACUUAAACCACCUCUCAACCGAUCGGUCUUGCGUCGAAUGGACUAUUCAAAAAGACAUAAAAAAAAUCAUGGCAGUAAAUAAUAUUUCUUAUUCUGAAGCCGCAGCAAUUAAGCGUUCUGGUGUUGUCAACUCAGCUUUUUCCUACGCACAAGUCACUAAUAACUAUACUCUAAUAAGAACAAUAAUAUUAAUAAUGUUAAAAAUAUCAUUAAUGUUAAUAAUGCUAAAAAUUUUAACAAUGUUAAUAAUGUACAGCCAGCCAGUCCUCAUACUAUAGAUAACCAUUUACUUACCUCCUUUUUUCCGGCUCUUAAUUCUUCCUCCACACAAAAACAUAAAAAAAAAACUGCUCUACAUAAUAAUAACGCAUAUUCUUCCCCCCAUUUCCCUUCACUCCACCCUGUUAAUGAACACUUCGCUUCCCCUAAUGGUAGUUAUCUUAAUUACGUAACUUCCAUUAAUUCCCCCACUCAUGAAAAUAAUGACUGGAUUUCAUCCUUCGUCGAUCAACUUUCUCAGUCCCUUACUCGCGAUCCUGACUCACUUUCUUCUCCUGCCUCGCUCCGUUUUUUAGUAGAAUUUUCCUUAUUUAACGCCAAAUCUUUAAAGACAAUUAAUGAUGACAACUCUAAAUAAUACUAAUAUUUCUUCAAACUCCUGUCCUGCCUUUAAUAUUUUACAAUGGAAUAUACGCAGAAUUAUUCCACACACUCAUGACCUUUCUUUCCUCUUAUCUGAACACAAUAGCUCCUUUGCUUUAUUAUCGGAAACUUGGCUUUUACCAAAGCGGUCUUACCAGAUCAACAAUUUUAACCUCAUUCGUUCUGAUAGACAGGACGGUUACAGUGGAGUGGCCAUUGCUGCCCAUCACACCAUUCAAAUUUCUCCUAUUUCUAUUAACGAUAAUCUUUUAAACUCCCUACGUAUUCAUUCAAUCGACAUUAUUGGUAUUGUUGCUUUCUCUAACCAUUCUUCUCCUGUUUGUCUUUGGUCUAUUUAUAUUCCCCCCUCUUCCAACCCUCCUCCGACAAAAGUUAAUUCUAUCUUCUAUUUGUUUUCUAUUAACUCCAUUAACGGUGGGGACUUAAACGGUCACCAUCCUGCAUGGGGAUCUCAUGACAGUAAUUAUCGUGGAAAUUAAAUUUUUUCUUUCAUUUGUUCUUGACACGGCCACGGCGUUGUCACACGUUGACACCCCGCGGUCGUGUCAGCUCCUUCUCAGCCACCGCUUAACUGUAAACCGGACCGUCACACACACGCGUUAUCGUCGUGGUGUAAAGUCCAACAAAUGCCUAGCGUCGUAUACCCCGCCGCAAUAAUACGUCGAGUCAGUCUUCUUCGGGACACCUUUGACACUGUGAUACGCCGUCCACCGGAUCAACCAGAAAACGCCACCGUGUUUCGAUUAACUUUUAUUGUCUUUUGUCAACGGUUAUUUCACAGUAAUACUAGUGUUAUUAUUUAUCAUUUGUUCGCAUAUUAUUUUUGUGUCGCAACUCUCUUUUCACUUCUUUUAUUAAACGGCUCGACGCCAAGUAAAACUUCAUCCGUUGUUACUUCAUUCAUCAUCAUCUUUUCCUUAACAUUCUUUUAAUCUAAGUAUUAUCAAAGACGGCUCCCCUACUCUCGCCAAUCGCCCCCCUUUUGCCGACACAGCUGUUGAUAUUACUUUUACUUCUCCUAUAUUAUCUUGGUCUCUUCAUUGGUCUGUCCUAGAUUGCGUUUAUGGUAACAACCACUACCCCAUUGUUAUUUCUCACUCUCCUCCUUCCUCCAACUAUAUUUCCUAUUCUCCCAUCAAAUGUCACUCCCCCUUACACAAUUUAAACCAAGCCGAUUGGAAUCUCAUUUCAGCUUUGCAUAGAAGCUAAAACUUAAAAUAUAGUAAAAUAAUUUUAAUACGAAUAAGAAAUUUCUACUUGCAAGGGGCGACUAAAGUGAUAGGAUCCUUGAUCUUUAUUGAAGUUAUUGAAUCUAAAUGAGUUAAAAAUUUAUACUAACUUAAAAAGAAUUAAGAAAAAUUGCAAAAAAUUCAUUGCCUUACGCAGGCUGGAACCUCGUACACCAAGCGUGUAAAACAUAAGUUUUACCAACUCGGCAACUGUACGUUGCAAUCAUCGAUUGAAAAAUUUGGCUAUUUAAGCUAGUUCAAAUUUCAAAGUUAUUUUUCUCGACUUAAAGAAGCAAACAAAUUUAAAUAAGUUUAACUUUCUAUGCUAUAUUAAUUUUAAUUUAUAUAAUAUUUAUGAAAAUCUGUACUCCCCUUGUCAGGUAUUUUAAAAUAAAAUAAAAUACAAAACCCAGAAUUUUAACACAAAAAUAGCAAAUUUUUGAAUACGGUAGUUAUUUUUACCAUGAAGACAAAUCCAGAGGUCAAAUUUUUUUUUUUCAAAUCGGUUCAGUGAGAGCUGAGAUUGAGCGUAUACAGACACACAAAAAAAAAAAUACAUCAUAGUAAAAUUAAUACCUUCUCAGCUUCGCUUCGAAGAUAAAAAAAACUGUUAAAAAACACGUCGCACAAUGGAAAACAAAAUAAAGAAAAAUAACGAGAAGAUCAGUCGGACAUUCCAAAAAAUGUAUCAACCAAGGCGAUCAUCGGAAAAAACAGAAUACAUUGUUAGAAAUACACAAUCGGAGGUGGUCCUGUCACAUUAACAAGGAUGAGGAAAUGCACAAUGAUCACCCAUUGUCAUAUUAAUAGGUGGACGGCUGAUAUCAAAAGAGACACGAAUGAACGCCCGCCUAAAGCAAGGCGCUGUGCUGUGUCAACAUAUAUUUUAUAUCUAAAAUUGAUUUUUAAUUUUUAACUUUUGUAAAUAUACAAUUAUUUUAAUAACUAUUAUAAGCCAAUAAAUAACUUAAAAUUGAA